AUGGCAAAACAGGGCACGAAGAGCUCGCUACAUCGCCAAUCCAAGUCCAUUACGGGGAAAGUUGGCUUGCUUGCAAAGAAAAGCUUGAAGCCGCAGCAAACAAGGCAGAUUAUACGCCGAUUCCACAUCUUGCAAAAGAACAAACAUGCCAUUUUAUCAAGAUUGGAGAGUCUCCAGCUCGCAAACGGGAAGCGGGACAAUUAUGACGAGUUAAAAAAGGGCAAAACUUAUAAAACCGCGUUUGCCGAGUUUAAACUACCGUCAAAGAAUGCCGAGAAUGAGAUUUACAAAAUUGACAGCUCGCAGACGAUCUGUGAUCUCAUCAACAGCAUCGCCAAGAUUGAUGCCGAGAUACAGCAACGUGGAGGCAUUGAGCGGUACCAGUCUGCAUCAACGCAAGGACAGAACAGCAAUCGAGGCGGAGACUCGUCCAAAAAGUUACUCGAGUGGCUCAGGUCCGACAAGUACCAGUCCAAGUUGACCAACGUCAACGCGCUUGAAAUCGGCAGUUUGAGCCCCCAAAACGUGAUUUCAACCAGUGGAGUCUUUUCCCCCGUGGUCCGCAUCGAUUUGAACUCGCAGGAUCCGUUGAUUAUAGAACAAGAUUUCAUGGAGCGCCCGCUACCGCAGAACGAAAGUGAGAAAUUCAACUUGAUUUCAUGUUCUCUCGUUCUCAAUUUCGUUCCAUCUCAUGAGGAAAGAGGCCAAAUGCUCAUUCGAAUAACCAAGUUUUUGAAGAAGCCAGACAAGACCCAGCUACCGUUGAGUUGCUUGUUCCUUGUGCUACCUUUGCCCUGCGUUUCCAACUCGCGCUAUUUCGACAACGAGCAACUCCUAAAAGUGAUGAAGUCGUUAGGCUUUACCCAGUCAUUCUACCACGAGGCCAAGAAAGUCGCGUACUGGUUGUUUGAUUGGGACGGCAAGGUCAAGAGAGCCAAGUAUGCUAAAAAGCAGCUUCAUUCAGGUCCAACCCGCAACAACUUCUGCAUUACCUUGUGA